CUGGAGUGAAGCCGUUCCGCACAUGCGCAGUUGCAGAGUUUCCCCGGUGAUCUGAGAGAGGAGCUGGUGCUCGUGCAGGAGAAGCAAAUGGAAGUCUUUCUGCCAAUCGUUUGCUUUUGCUUUGUGCCCCUUUCAAAUUUAUCAAACACUUGAGGAGAUCCCACUAAGUUAGAGUGUACCUCAGAAUGCUGAAAUCGGAAGAGCUUACAGAUGAAGAUGAGGUUCUGCCAAAACUGAACAUUAUAGAGGUUAAAUGUGAGGAUGUGAUUUUGCCAAUUUGCUCAAACACCGAGGAAACAUCUCCCAGAGUUCUCUGCUCAGACACAUUCCACAGAAACGAUGGAGAUGGGAUGGAGAGAAGUCACCAGUGCCUCCAGUGUGGGAUGUGUUUUAGUGAAGAGGACAGCUUCCAGCGUCACCUGCGCAUUCACGCUGGAGAUAAACCGCAUUUCUGUUCAUAUUGUGGAAAUAGUUUUAGCCUGCUGAGUCAUCUUUACUUACACCAGCGUGUCCACAAGGAAGAUGGUCCAGACGAUGGUCCAGACGAUAGUCUAGGAGCUGGUCAAGAUGAUAGUCUAGGAGCCGGUCGAGGAGCUGAGCAAAGAGCUGCUCUAGGACUUGGUCCAAGAGCUGGUCGAGGAGAUGGUCAAGAAGAUAGUCCAGACCAUAGUCUAGGACCUGGUCUAGGAGCUGGUCAAGAAGAUAGUCCAGACCAUAGUCUAGGACCUGGUCUAGGAGCUGGUCAAGAAGAUAGUCCAGACCAUAGUCUAGGACCUGGUCUAGGAGCUGGUCAAGAAGAUAGUCCAGACCAUAGUCUAGGACCUGGUCUAGGAGCUGGUCAAGAAGAUAGUCCAGAGAAUAGUCUAGGAGCUGGUCUUGUAGCCGGUCUACAAGCUGGUCGAGGACCUGAUCUACGAGCUUGUCGAGGAGCUGGUACAGACGAUAGUCAAGGAGCCGGCCUACGAGCUUGUCAAGGAGCUGGUCCAGGAGCUGAUCGAGGAGCCGGUCAAAGAGCUGGUCUAGGACCUGGCCAAGCAGCUGGUCGAGGAGCUGGUUUAGGAGCUGGUCUAGGAGCUGGUCAAGAUGGUAGUCUAGGAGCUGGUCCAGGAGAUGGUCUAGAUGAUAGUCUAAGAACUGGUCGAGGAGCCGGUCCUGAAGCUGGUCGAGGACCUGGUCUAGGACGUGGUCUACAAGCUGGUCUAGGAGCUGGUCUACGAGCUGGUCUCAAUAUUCAUGAAAAGAGCACCAUAAAACCUCAGGACUACAAACCAGACAAGCCCCACGGCUGUCCAGAAUGCGGGAAGAGCUUCAAACGACGCACCGAUCUCAGAAUUCAUCUGCACGUCCACACAGGCGACAAACCGCAUCACUGCACGGAAUGUGGGAAAACCUUCAACCGGCGCAGCCAUCUCCAGCGACACCAGCGCAUCCACACCGGAGACAUGCCGUAUCAGUGCUCCACCUGCGGCAAGAGCUUCAACCACCAGCUCCACCUCGAGAUCCACCAUCGCACCCACACGGGAGAGAAGCCGUACUCGUGUUCGCAGUGCGGAAAGAGGUUUAAUCAGAAGUGUCACCUUCUACGCCACGAGCGAUUUCACGCCGGAGAGAAACCGUUCCAGUGCUCCGAAUGUGGAAGGAGCUUUUCACUUCAGAGUCAUCUCCAAGCGCACAAUCGCGUCCACACGGGCGAGAGGCCGUAUCACUGCUCGGAGUGCGGCAGGAACUUCACCUUGCAGAGUCAUCUCCAGGAGCAUCUGCGAACUCACACCGGAGAGAAGCCGUACCACUGCGCCGAGUGCGGCAAGACCUUCAACCGCCAGAGCAACCUCAGACUGCACCAGCGAGUUCACUCCGGAGACAAGCCGCACAAUUGCUCAGAGUGCGGGAAGACCUUCAUCCAGCGCAGUCAUUUCCUGAGACACCAGCGCGUUCACACCGGAGAGACGCCGUACGUCUGCUCCGAUUGCGGCAAGAGCUUCCGAUACUCCAGUACUGUAAGUAAACACAGCUGCCAGAAGAGUCAGGGCGAAGGAAUAGAAAGUACUGAUAACAGUCCGGAUCUACUGGACCAACAAAUCAGCUGACCGCCAGAACAAAGCUUGACUUUAUUGAAUAGGUGAAAGUCAUUAAUAGCUAGCGAGCAGGAAUGCUAAUGCUAACAACUGGACUCGAGGGUGGCUACUAACUUUAAGAACUUUUUUUACAGCUGUAGUUGGUUUCUCUGGUCUGAAUCAGUCUGAUGUUCUGAUGAGUUUGUUUACUUAAGCGUUUUCUUCCUCGGUUUGGUUUGUUUUCACACAGGCAAAAACGUUAAGGCAAUCAAAUCCCCAACAAAUCAUGUAAGCAUGUUGUCUCCUCUGAUUGGUCAGAACUGUCUAAAGUAAAUGCAUCUCAAAAAAUUAGAAUAUCAUUAAAACGUUACUUUAUUUUAGUAAUUCAUAUAUAUUAUAUAGAUAUAUAAAACACAAAGUGAUACUAUGCUUCUGAGACUCCAUACACUAUAUACUAGUGCAUGUAAAAAAAAAUAUUUCAUUGGAAAGUUACUUUAUUUUUAAGCAAUUCAGUUCAAAAUGUGAAACUCAUAUAUUAUAUAGAUGUAUUAAACACAGAGUGGUCUAUUUUAAGUGUUCAUUUCU